AUGGACGUGCAGCCCAUCUAUCUCUACAGAACUGUUCGAGUGGCGGUAAGACAGCCUGACGGAACUCUGUUGACAACGGAAGGCGGAGAACAACAAAUUCUGUACCUUCAACAAGACGGUAUAUUCGGCGGUACCGGCCAAGUAGCGAUACAUCUGAUGCAACACGAAAUGAUGAGCAUCCGAGCAGAAAUCAUCCGCUUCUCUGCCCAUUCCGUGUGUAACUACGUUUGGAGGUUGACAACCGAUCAUUUCAAAUUACAAGUGAGGUUCACAUCUCCAUGGCAACCCUUUGCUCAGCUGGCUUUGAUCCCGUCCCCAGAAGGGUGCGGGUUAAUAGCAACCGCCUCUUUCCCUCGUUCUCCAGGUAAGGUGGCCGUGCGUAUGGGUCCGUCAGGCCGGGCGGUCGGCACAGCUACUCGAACCCUUGUCGCCGGCCACGGCUCGCCCAUGAUUUGUUCAAUCAACAUCGAUAUCUCGGAGGACGAUAUGAUCGUGAUUUUCCAACCAGACGAUCCAACUUUGGCCCCCAUACUUUCCCAAAUAUUCACAAGACCGUCCUUCGGGUGGAAUUCGGAGACUAUCCAGCCAGAUCCCUUCUACACCAACGACUCUCUCAGCAUGUCAGACGCAAACAAUAUGGGCUAUGCACCUGAAGUAGAAAACCACACGGGAAUCUGCCUCCCGCAUUGCAGCAGCGUCAUCUCUCCUUCUCAACCAGAAGCCGGCUGGCAAAGUUGUGUUUCACAUCAAUACCAAUUGCCAUAUGCAGAUAAAUCUAGUCCAGCUUCUAGAUCAACACUCAGCAUCGGCUCAGAAGAUCAAAACAGUGCACAGUUCACCACCAUCAAUAGUGCUGGCACUCACCAUGAUCCUGGUGAUGACCGUUGCAUCGUUGUCAAACUACUGCCGUAG